AUGAUGGAGGACAUCGUCGGCGACUACAAAGACAAGACGGUGACGCUGGAAGACUUCCCGUGGUUCGACGGCAACGUCAAGAUGGCCACCGUUCACCCCUGUCGGCACGCCUCGGUCAUGAAAACCCUUCUCGACCGCGCCGACGCAGCGCUCAAGAUCCGCUCCGAGAAGCUGAAGCAGGCGCAAGCGAACUCGAGUUCCUCCUCGACAGCCCCCGCCCCGGCUGCUGGAAGUGGCCUCGAAGGUCUGGUCGACGACGUCCAGGGUCUGUCUUUGACUGAACAGCAGCAGCAGCAGCAGCAGAGCGGCGCCGGCGGCGACGAAUGGGAAGUUCUGCAGCACGACGAGGAAGACCAGGUGGCUAUCCGGGUGGACCAGUAUCUGGUUGUUUUUCUGAAAUUCAUCGCGAGUGUGACGCCUGGUAUUGAGCAUGAUUAUACCAUGGGUGUAUAGGGUGCAUGAUCUUUGUUUUCAAGCCCCAUCCAUAUACAUACCCAUAGCCAGGCAGCCAGUCCAUGCGUCAGCGUUUAAUAGUGAUUUUACUUUUUGGGUCUCUCGCUUGUUCAUUACUAGUUUUUUUCUUUCCAAGGCGCAAAUGAUAUAGUAGGUAGGUAGGUAGGUAAUUUUCUCAUGAUAGCAUGACACAACAUGAUAUGAAGAACAUCAUUAUAACAUUU